AUGACAGUAACAUGGUCCAAACUGAUAUGUCAGGCGGAAAAGUUACUCGGAGGUCCAGCUCCAUUCAUUAAUUUAGCCUCCAUACUAUCCUCAGAAGCUGGUUCCUUAGCAUCUCGUGCACGCCGCUUGGCAUCAAAUGUUAAUCAUCCUUUUUUCUCUACUGUACGAUCCUGUCUUCGAGGCAAAUCUGUUAAUAACUUAUUCUCCAUUUCCUCUGCUAUAUCAGACCAUUUUUCUCCACCAAUAAUGUCCGAACGUCCUUCUGGUGGUCUGAUUAUACUUUUAGUUGGUCAGUCAUAUGCUAGUCCUACAAAUUCAACAAAAUUGUGUAAUCAGCACCGAAGUCUGGCAGAAAUAUUUGAAACGGUCCAUACUGCAUUAGCCAUUCACAAAAGCCUAGUCGAUUUAGAUGAUGUUACACGAAAGACUAAUGACACUGAAACGUGGAUGAAGAACAUGGAGGUAGCUAAUAAGUUGGCUACUUUAUCAGGCGAUGUGUUGCUUGCGUCAGUCUCCACUAGUUUAGCUAAACUCCAUCAUGCCAAAGCUGUUGAUAUUAUAUCAGAAGCUAUGGGAAAUAUGGUAGAAGCUGAAUUUCAUGAGUUGGCUCUUACAAGUACCAUUGAUGUUAACCAUACAGUUGAAAAUAACCUGGAUGCCAAUCCAAUUCAUUUAUCACCAACAGAAAAAUGGCUUUCAUUUGUGCAAUUAUCACGUGGUGCUCUUUUGGGUAGUUGUUGUGAGGCUGCUUUACUUCUUGUUGAAAAGCAUAUAUGUAAUUCUUCCUCUAUACCAAUUGAGUUAAAUCGAGAUUGGAAUAAAAUAUCAUCAACUGUCAAAAGUUUUGGAUCAACAUGGGCAUGUUUAACACGAUUAACAGAAGAAAGAGAACAUAUUCAGCGUACCUGGUUUACUGAACUCACAGCUGAUACCUAUCAGUCUGUAAAAGGAAUACAAGCGAUGAAAAGAAAUGACUUCACACCGUCUGAAAUUAUCCCAGACUAUACUGAAUUCGGUUUAAGUGAACCAACUUUUGCAGAUGCCAUCCUCUCCUGUUCUACAUCGAAAACACAUCAUAAACUGAAAGAUAUUGUUGAUGAAGUUUUAUCAGAAUACAACCAGAUUGGAUAUGAACUAGCCGGAGAAUUACGUGAAUAUUUUGCUCAAAUCGUUUCUACGAAUGCACAAAUCAAUGGUGAUAGUUUACAGAAAGUUAAACACUUACCCGGUGUACAACUUUUAGGCCAGAUGGUGGAUAAACUUAUUGAUGAUUGUAACUGUACACCCUGA